UAAUUAAAUCCAACAAAAUACAGUUUCCUUUUCAGCAAUAGUCUUUCUGAGAUUUUUUCGUAAAGUGAAGACGAUUGUUUGACGUUAAGCACAAAGCUACACAAUGGGCUUUCUGUACUUUGCCCAACACGAGUAUCGAAACCCGGUUUCUAGCAUUGUAAGUCCGCAGACAUACCACUGUGUCACUGUGGGGCAAGUGAAGACGAAGUGGAACCAAUAUCGCAAAAGCCAAACUAUUUCGACUGUAUAUUUCAGUUAACCAAUUGCCUCUUACUCAUAGCUAAAACAGUUUGUUAUUAGCUGUAAUUACUAUUGUAAAAUGUUUAGAAACUCUUCUGAUAUAAUUAUUACAUUAUAGUACUGAGAUUUAAAAUUAGAAUACCGCGAAUCGUAAGGUCUUACCUUAUUAGCGUUAGUGCAGUAGUGGUGUUAUUAACGCCACUGGUUUUGCAAGUUUGACUAAUCAGUAAAGAUUUUCAACAAAUUGGGCAAUUUUUUUACUAUAGAACAAUUAUAAACCAUUUAAAUUUCUAACGUUAAGAGGAAUGUUUAAAUUCAGAUGUAACACUUUUAGUUUUACGCUGUUUGAAAAGUUUACAAACGAGCUAGUACUACUAGCAAUAGAUUGGUACAUGAUAAACCGUACGUUAUCAUACAUGAAACGUUCCACAGGAGCAAAGAGAAAACUACAAGAUUUAUCCCACGUAUUUAAAUAUAAUGCUUGGGACGAUAUAAAGUGGAGUUCUGAACAGGAAGCUGCAGCUCGAGAGAAAGUUGCCAACAAUUCUAAAGUAAAAGUUUCUGCUUCAUUGCAAGAAAAAUAUGAAAAUGAAGCUUCGGAUUUUUGGAAUAAAUUUUAUGAAAUUCAUCAAAACCGUUUUUUUAAAAAUCGUCGAUGGCUUUUCACUGAAUUCCCCGAACUUGCCCUAGAAAAUACAAUUUUGUCAGAAAAAACUAACGCUCACUCAAAAAUUAGGGAAACCAGUAACGUUGAAAGCCGUAUAUGUAGACCUUUGGUGAUAAGAGGUGGUAAAGAAAAGUUGGAAGCUGUUAUUGGACAGAAUUUAGAAAGUGAAAAAUAUUGCUCAUCAGAAAAGGUGGAUGAAAUGAACAGACCAUUUCCUGGAGCUGAAGUGUCUACUAGAAUUUUAGAGGUGGGAUGUGGAGCAGGAAACACAGUCUUUCCAAUCUUAGAGUUGAACAAUUCUCAAGACCUCUUUGUGUACUGCUGUGACUUCAGUGAUGUAGCCGUUUCCCUUGUUAAGAGUAACGAAAAGUACGACCCAGCAAAAUGCUAUGCCUUUUCCUGUGACGUGACUGCACACACCUGGCUUGUGCCCUUUCCAGAAUGUUCUUUAGAUGUUGUUCUCUUAAUCUUCGUGUUGUCAGCUAUUCACCCUGAAAAAAUGCAGCAAGUGAUUAACACUAUAGUCAGGUAUCUGAAACCAGGUGGAUUGGUUCUCUUUCGGGAUUAUGGACGACAUGACAUGGCUGAGUUAAGAUUCAGACCAGGCAGUUGUCUUCAGGAUAGUUUUUAUGUUCGAGGAGAUGGAACACGAGUGUAUUUCUUUACACCAGGUAAAAUGUUAUCUUCUUGAUACAAAUAUUUAUCUCUUUAA